AUGCCUCCAAAGAUUGAAGAAGUGUCCGGGAAGUCACUGACAAGGAAGCAUAAUCCGUUUGAGCCCAAGCCAAAAAAGACAACCAUACGAAGGGAUGCAAAGGAAAUAUAUGGGGCUGAUGGAAAGAGGAAGGGCCUUCACAAACCUCAGUACACUAAAGGAUCUCCCUUGGAUAAGCUGUUUUCACUAUUGGAAGAUGUGUUACAAGGAACUUUAGAUGAUAUAACGCUAUCAGUGCUAGCCGAAAGACUUAAAAUUCACUCAGAAGAUGAAUUUGACGUUCGGUAUUCAGUCAUUUCAAGGCUACUUGAUUUCCUAUUACAAAUCCAAGAACAGUCAGGGAAAGAGAAUCAACCAGACAAAAAUCUCAUAAACAUAUCUCUUCAUGAUAUCAAGACAUUUAGCAAGCUUGUGAACAUGAUCAUUAUCCAUGGCGUUUACCCUGGCUUAGCCACAUUCAAAGUUGGUAUCCCCUUGGCAAAGCGUAGGCUCAAUGAGUUCUCGAAGACUAAAAAGCCCAUAAAAGUUGAACGGAUCCCUUCAAAUACCACAGCAAAGACGUACACUGAAAGAUUUGGAAAAGAAGAGAAAUUGCUUAAUCUACUCUAUUCUAAGUUCAAAAGCUUGUUUGAGAAGGAAGGCGAUGUAAGGGACUUAUUGACAAAGGGAACUGGAUACUCAGAUUUCCUUACUAUUUCAAUCACCCUAAUAACUUGUCCAUACUUCAACAACAACAAAAAGGCAUUGGUAGAAGAGUUUGAGAGUUUGGUGGUUCAACUACCGGGGACUUAUGAAUUGUUCCAAACUUAUUCUUUGCUAUUAUCUACUCCAUCGCCUGCUUAUUUUAAGCAAUUUGUCAUGAAAAAACUACAGACUUUGCACUAUGAUGCUCCUAAGAAGGAUGGAGUACUUACUUUAGUUGAGUUUGUACUUGGUUUACGUGAAAAUGAAGAUGUUAGUGUUGAAAGGUUUGACCAUGUGGCCAAUGUCAUAUUGGCCAAACCGAAACACAUAUCUACCGUGCACUACUUUACUAGUAUUGGAAAUCAAUUAUACGAUAUUCUUGUUAAUAUCAACCGUCCUCAUGUGACUAGUUGUAUUGGACAUGUUUUGGAAAUGCUAUGGGUAAGAAACAAGCUUGUGGUCAAUGACUUCUUCCUCAAGAGGCUCUGGGACAAUUUGAAUCCUACAAUUGAGGACAAACCAGACGAUGGAGUACUCGUUUCAGAGAAGGAUUUCAACAACGCUAUCAAUGUCCUUAUUUCAUUGACAAAAAAGUCCUUAUCACCUGACUUUUCCCAGUAUGUCUUUAACCCGAUCCUAUUACCUCUAUGGAGAUACUUUGUAUUUGUCUUCGAGUCUAAGAAGUCAUACGAAGUUCUACUUAAUAUUUUGGUGGGGUACUUUGUGACAACUGGUCAGUCUGAUGACAUUAAUAAAGAUAUUUAUGGGUUGGAUACGAUCUCCAAGAAUUUAUUGUUCAGUACCGAAGACUGGGAAUUUAUGUGGGGUCCAAACAACUUGCCUCAGAUUACAAAGAGCAAAUUUGUCCUACAAGAGGACAGGGACAAGAAGAUGGUUAAUUUUUUCUCCGAUUUGGACACUGGGAGUGAAGCAUACAUUGAACUUCUAAAAAACUUGGAUGACGCUCUUGUUUCAAAGGUAUUCAAAACCUUGUUACGCAGAUGGCUUAAACUUGGAAAUAAUAAAGACGUUUUGGAUAGCCAAGGACACAAUCCGUUUAUUGUUUUAGUCGAUUUGAGGUUAAUUGAGUCUAUUGGAAGCCAGUUCAAAGAAGACAUUGCCAAAACUCCAAUAGACAUGCUUCAAAUCGUUGAUGAGUUUUUAUCAGCCCAGAAAAAUACCAACUCCAGGGGUAGAAAUGACUUGAAUAUAGUGAAAGACUCUGAUGAUGAGGACUCUGACGAUGAAGAGAAUUUUGAUAGUGAUGUCAAUUCUGAAGCAAUGCCAAUAUUGUUUCAAUUAUUGUCAGCUAUCCUCACGGACGUAUCUGAAGACGACAUCACAGAAAAUUGUAAAGUUUUAUUGAAGAAGGUUCUUUCAAGUCUCAAAGUAUUGAGCAAGCAUAGUAACCCCACUAUUGUUCUGAGCUUGAAUACUAUCAAGGCUUUGGCUUCCAGAAUAAGCUCUAUGCUCGCAGGUGAUACUCCUGUUACAUCUGAGAAGGAUUUACACAGGAGAACUCUUGAAAGGGCAAUAACUAGCUUAAAUGACCCACUUGUACCUAUACGAGCACAUGGGUUGUAUUUAUUAAGAGAGUUAAUUGAAGUCAAAAGUGAUGUGAUCUCGCUUGACUUUGUGAUAAACCUUCAUUUGAUUCAAUUGAAAGACCCAGAGCCAUUCAUCUACCUUAAUGUCAUUAAAGGUCUUGAGAGCUUGAUAAAUUUGGGCAAGCUUCCAGUUAUACAAAUCCUUGUAGGUGUCUACACAAAUGAAGCUGGUAACAAUGAUAUUGAUGAAAGGCUAAGAAUAGGUGAAGUGUUACUUAGGUUCAUUCAAUCUUCCAACCAGCUAUUUGCUGGAGAAAUUGCGGAGACUAUUGUGAGCGCAACUGUGUCGAUGAUCAGAAGGAGCGAAAGUGGGCCCAAGAACCAAGAUAAUAGAAUCAGAAUGUCUUCUAUGUCUUUAUUGGGAGUCUGUUGCAAAGUUAAUCCCUUGGGUAUUUUGUACCAAUUAUCUGAUAUCUUGGAUUGUGCCAUUGGUAUAUUGACCUUGGAAACCGGAAAAGAUCAAGCCAUCAUGAGAAGGUCAGCAGUUGUUUUGAUACAUGAUCUUAUACUUGGAACUUCCGAUACUGAAGAAGUUCCUUUCCCAGAAGAGUACAGAGAGAAGGUUUUAAAUACCUUAAGGUAUAUUUUGGAAACCGACGAAGACUUAUUAACCAGAGAACAAGCACAAAGUGUUCUUGAUGAUAUCGAAGAGUUGGUGCAACUCGCUUAUCAAGAAGCUAGAGAUAAAAUGGCUUCAUCAAAUUGACAGCUUUUAUAAUUACCCUAUAUAUCAAUUAAUAUAAACAAGACAAAUACCAGUUAGAAUAAUUUAUUUUGCUCAAUCAACUUCUUCCAUGUUGGACUCGACAGCUUCCUCGGUGGUAGCAGUAGUAGUAGUCGCAAUUUCUGCUUCAGGUUCAUCUUCGUCAAUGUUCAAACCCAAAGAGAUCAAUCUGUUGAUUCUAGCAGCGAACGAAGCUGGUUCUUCCAAAGAGAAACCAGAGGUCAACAAAGCGGUUUCGUACAACAAGGUAGUCAAAUCCUUGACAGUCUUAUCUUCGGCACCGUCGGUUUCAACCUUCUUCUUCAAUUCCCUGAUGAUUGAAGAUCUUGGAGAAAUUUCAAAGGUCUUCUUGGAAGACAUGUAAGAAGACAUAGAAGUGUCUCUCAAAGCUUGAGCCUUCAUGAUUCUUUCCAUGUUAGCAGACCAACCGAAUUGACCAGUUCUGAUAGCAGCUGGAGCAUCAACCAAUUUGUGGGAGAUGACAACCUUUUCGACGAGGUCACCCAAGACGUCUUUCAAAGCCUUGGUUAAUGGCUCAAAUUCCUUGAUUUCUUCUUCUCUAGCCUUCUUUUCUUCUUCGGUUUCUUCUAAUUCGAAAUCCUUGGUAAUGUCUACCAAUUUCUUGUCUUCGAAUUCCUUUAAUUGAGUCAUGGCGUAUUCAUCAAUUGGGUCAACCAAGAACAAGACUUCAAAGUCUUUAGCUUUUAAGGCUUCCAAGAAUGGAGAUUUUUCUACAGCCUUGAUGGUUUCUCCAGUGAUGUAGUAGAUGUUCUUUUGGUGUUCUGGCAUUCUGGUGACGUAGUCAGUCAAAGAGGUCAAUUCUUCAGCAGACUUGGUGGAGUUGUAUCUCAAUAAUUUAGACAAAGCAGCUCUGUUUUGUUGGUCCUCGUGGAUACCCAACUUAAUGUUCUUAGAGAAAGCACUGUAGAAUUUGUCAAAUUGUUCAGAGUCUUCAGCAAUUUCAUUGAAGGUCUCGAUCAAUUUCUUGACGAUGUUCUUCUUGAUGACCUUCAAAAUCUUAUUCUGUUGCAAGACUUCUCUGGACAAGUUCAAUGGCAAAUCUUCAGAGUCGACAACACCCUUAACAAAGCUCAACCAUUCUGGAAUAAAGUCUUCAGCUUCAUCAGUGAUGAAAACACGUCUAACAUACAAUUUAAUGUUGUUCUUCUUCUUUUUGGUUUCGAAAGCAUCAAAAGGAGGUCUCUUGGGAAUGAACAAGAUAGCCUUGAAUUCCAAUUGACCUUCAACAGAAAAGUGCUUGACAGCCAAAGGGUCUUCCCAGUCAUUGGAAAUAGACUUGUAGAAGGCAUUGUAUUCGUCUUGAGUGACUUCAGAUGGGGUUCUGGUCCACAAAGGCUUGGUCUUGUUCAACUCUUCAGUUUCAGUAACGGUCUCCUUGAUGGUCUUUGUCUUUUCUUCCUUCUUUUCACUUUCAUCUUCAACUUCUUCCAACUUUGGUUGCUUGUCAUCUCCUUCCUUGACUUCUUCUUCUUCGGCAUCUUCAUCUUUAACUUCCUUCUCGACUUCCUUGGUGACCACCAAUUGGAUUGGGUAUGAAACAAAUUCAGAGUGUCUCUUGACAACUUCCUUAAUUCUCUUUUCUUCCAAGUAAUCCAAUUGGUCAUCCUUCAAAAAUAAUCUAAUGACAGUACCUCUGGUUAAUCUUUCAUGCGAGUCAUCUUCGGUGACGGUAAACUUACCACCAGCGUUGGAUUCCCAAAUGUAUUGUUCAUCAUCAUUGUGCUUGGUAAUGACUUGAACGUGAUCAGCAACCAAGAACAAGGAGUAGAAACCAACACCGAAUUGACCAAUCAUGGUGACAUCAGCACCAGCGGAAAGAGCUUCCAUAAAGGCCUUGGUACCAGACUUAGCAAUAGUACCCAAGUUGUUGAUUAAAUCAGCCUUGGUCAAACCAAUACCAGAAUCUCUAAUUUCCAAAACCUUUUCUUCAGGUCUUGGGGUGAUUCUGAUGAAUAAUUCAGGUUCAGAUUCCAAUUUAGAUGGUUCCGAAAGAGCUUCAUAUCUGAUUUUGUCCAAAGCAUCAGAGGCGUUGGAGAUCAAUUCUCUCAAGAAAAUUUCCUUGUUAGAAUAGACAGUGUUGAUGAUCAAGGACAUCAACUGAGUGAUCUCAGCAGUGAACUCGUGGGUUUCAACUUUCGAUGGCAUCUUCUGGGGUGGCGAAUAUACAAAAUGCUUGAGCAGUAAAAGUACCUGUAAGUUAAGUCAGGAAAACUGUUUC